AUGGCUCAAUGCUAUAAUCAAAUAACUAACGUAAAUGAAACUUGUCCAACUCGAGUAUCGACUUAUGUUGCUGUUGCAAUACUAAUACCCUUAGGUAUUUUGGUAAUCAUCAUAACUGCCUAUAUCUAUGCUCGCUGCAGACAACGACGAUUAAAUAGACACCAAGCAGAACACUGUUCGACAAGCAUUAUAACUAAUGAGAAUAAUAAUGAUGCGCGUAGACAAUCCUCACUUGCAUAUCCAUACCCACCUCGUUAUACGUCUGUAUCCGAUGAUAUAUUUGCUAAACCACCAUCAUAUGAACAAACUCUACAACAACUAAACGAAACUAAUAAUAGUGCUUCAACAGAAAAUAUUCCUGUAACUGUUACAAUUGUAGCACCGAUACCAUCAUCAUCAAAUGGAUUAGUAGAAUCGACACGAAGUCAAGCUCAAUUUUGA